AUGUCCGACUUUAUCGCAAACUUUUCUAAAGUAUCAUUGGCUGAUAUUUCAAGCGCAGAUUCAAGCAAAUUCCCAGAAUUGAGUGCUGAACAAAAAGCAUUAGGCUCUCAAUUCGAAACUUUGUCCAAGAGACUUGAUGAAAAAGACACUUUAGUCGAAUUAAAUGACUCGUUAAGAUCAAAGACUUUCAUUGCUGGAAAUGUCCCAAGUUCAGCUGAUUUAACUGUUUUUGAAAACGUUUUCCCAUUGGCCUCCAAAUGGACCAGCAAAGACGAUAUUGCCAAAUUCAGACAUAUUCUUAGAUGGGUUGAUUUGGUUCAAAACACUUUGGUUACUGUUCCAGAACCUGUUAAAAUUGAUUACGAUAUUGAUAUCCCAAGAGAAAUCAAAGAAAAGAAGAAGCCAGCAGCUGCUGCAGCUGCUGGUGCCGAAGGUGACAAAGCCGCAAAGGGCAAAAAGAACGACAAGGCUGCUCCAUCCGAAGGUCAAGCCCAAGGUCAAAGAAAAGAAUUGACUGAAGAAGAAAAGAAGGCUAAGGCCGCUGCUAAGGAAGCCAAAAAGGCUGCCAAGGCCAAAGCUAAUGCUGAAAAGAACAAACCUGCUACUACAACCCCACCAAACCCAUCUAUGAUUGAUUUCAGAGUUGGUUUUAUUGAAAAGGCCGAAAAGCACCCAAAUGCCGAUUCCUUAUAUAUGUCCACCAUUAACAUGGGCGAUGAAGAAGGCCCAAGAAUUGUUUGUUCCGGUUUAGUGAAGUACAUCCCAAUUGAAGAAAUGCAAAAGAGAUAUGUUGUUGUUGUUGCUAACUUGAAGCCUGUCACCAUGAGAGGUGUUAAAUCAUGUGCCAUGGUUCUUUGUGCAUCCAAUGAAGAGAAAGUUGAAUUUGUCAACCCACCAGCUGGUUCAAAACCAGGUGACAAGAUCUUCUUCGAAGGUUUCAAUGGUACCCCAGAAAAACAAUUGAACCCUAAGAAGAAGAUUUGGGAAGCUGUGCAACCACAUUUCUCCACCAAUGAAAACUUUGAAGUUACUUACACUGAAGAAGGUAAAGAACCAAAGAAAUUGGUUAACGAAAAGGGCGAAUUAUGUAAAAACACUAGCAUUGUUAAGGCCGAUGUGAAAUAG